GUUACGGAAGUGCUGUGAAUUACUGUAGCUGUAGCAGCUCAGACACUUGCGGUCGAUCCGGACCACAUCCGAAUUAUCAGUAUAUUUAAAAGAGUCUUGAGAAGCGGACUACCGGGACCAAUGGCGGCUCUUAAAUACGCAGGCAUGGACGAUACAGACAGCGAGGACGAGUUACCGCCUGGCUGGGAAGAGCGUUCAACCAAGGAUGGAUGGGUUUACUAUGCGAACCAUGAUGAGAUGAAAACCCAGUGGGAACAUCCUAAGACUGGAAAGAAAAAGCGCUGUGCCGGAGAUAUGCCAUAUGGCUGGGAACAGGAAGUCGAUGAGAAAGGUUUACCAAUCUAUGUGGAUCAUAUCAACAAACGAACCACAUAUUUCGACCCCCGACAAGCAUUCACUGUGGAGGAUGUGGUGCUGAAGCCGAAACGCUAUGAUGGAAACACCGCCGCCCUUGAGAUCCUGCAAGGUCGUGACUUGUCUGACAAGGUUGUGCUCAUCACUGGAGGAAAUGCUGGUAUUGGCUUCGAGACGGCAAGAUCUUUUGCCCUUCAUGGGGCCUAUGUGAUCCUGGCUUGUCGGAAUCUGUCCCGCGCCAACAAGGCAGUGAGUCUCUUAAAGGAGGAAUGGCACAAAGCAAGAGUGGAGGCCAUGAUGUGUGACCUCGCUUCUCUGCGCUGUGUCAGAGAGUUUGCAGAGUCCUUCAAGGCCAAAAAGCUGCCUCUGCACAUUCUGAUCUGUAACGCUGCGGUCUGUACUCAGCCAUGGAACUUGACCGAGGACGGCUUGGAGACGACCUUCCAGAUCUGCCAUCUGGGUCACUUCCUGCUGGUCCAGUGCCUGCAGGAUGUGUUGCGUCGCUCUGCUCCGGCUCGUGUCAUUGUCGUCUCAUCCGAGUCUCACAGGUUCACUGAUCUGAUGGACUCCUGUGGCAAAGUGGACCUGGCCUUGCUGUCGCCGUCCAAGAAGGACUACUGGUCGAUGCUGGCAUAUAAUCGGGCCAAACUGUGUAACAUUCUCUUCAGCAAUGAGCUCCACCGCCGCCUCUCUCCUUACGGCAUCACCUCCAACGCACUGCAUCCUGGGAACAUCAUGUAUACGUCCAUUCACCGCAGCUGGUGGCUGAUGACCUUGCUCUUCACCCUGGCCAGACCAUUCACCAAGUCCAUGCAACAGGGCGCUGCCACCACGGUGUACUGCGCGGUGGCGCCGGAGCUGGAGGGCCUGGGCGGCAUGUACUUCAACAACUGCUUCCGCUGCCUGCCGUCCCUGCAGGCCCAGGACCAGGACUGCGCGGCCUCUCUGUGGGAUCUGAGCGAGCGUCUGGUGCAGGAGAGCUCGGCGGGCGUUCAGGCCCUCUGAUGGAUGAGGACGUGGACCAGCCAAUGGCGAUCGAUGGAGGGUGGGUUGGGGAUAAAAAGGGCGGAGACUGUACAAGAGAGCUGCCAAUCCCUGGGAGUCCAAACGGGCUUCGGUAUACACAGGUGGCUAGUCAAAAACAAUAAAGACUCUGAGGUGAAUUCACUACAAAUGAUCGUGUGGCUCCUCGAAGUUCAGCCCCGGCGUCAUGCUGGAAAUAAUAAAUCGUCACAUGACAAACACACUGGAGGUUUGGUUGCGAUGGUUAUGUACAAUAUUCGCACUGACUUUAGUCUGUACACUAUAUACAUCGUCUGAUUUUUGGGGCGUGUGCUGGGGCGAGGGGGCUUUACAUGUUUGUUGGCCAAAUCGAUUCAGGACUUCUGUGUUCACUCCCUUGUUUUUGUGAUGAGUGGAACUUCCUGCUGUUUAUUUCGGGCCGGAUACUAGGUUUGCCGUGAAGCCGCUGUCGGGACGUUGUGCUUUGUGGCAUCUGGGUGCCGGGGGUGGAAGCGCCGAAGCUCCGGUGUCACAAAAUCUGCAAGAGAUACCACACAAUACCUGUUAGACCUGUUGGUUUCCCAAUAAAACUCUUGAACCUGCAACUCUCUUCCCUAGCGUGGUUACUUUUCACACAAGUUCCACUCUCACUGUGAGCUACAUGUCGAGUGUGAGGUUCUGGACUGAGGGUCCCACUGACGGUAGUGACCCAGUGUAGCUUACUGAACGCAGUUUUCCUUCUCACUUACUGAUAACAUGUUC